GCUGCGCGGCGCUGCGCUCGUCUGGCCCGGGGGGCUGGCGCCGGGCGGCUGCUUGCGGGCGCUGCGGCCGUCCGUGGCGAUGCUGCCCGCGCCGAGCAGGGGCCGGGCGGGCCGGCGGAGGAAGGAGCGGCUGCUGGGCCAGCUGUGCGCCCUGGCCUCGCUGCUGCUGCUCUGGCUGCUCGCCUGCGCCCGGGCGGGCCAGCGGGCGGGCCGCGCCGACGCCACCGCCACCGCCGGUUACAACAUUCUGAACUCUGCUUUGGAAACUCAUGACAAGUGGAUUGGGCGACGGCUACUGCAGGAAGCUGAAGAGAAUGUCACGGAUAAACCUGAGGAGACCGAAUUUCUCUAUCUCAAAAACUGCACUGAACCAGCUCUCCAUGAAUUCCCAAGCGACAUCUUUACAAAUGAGGAUCGGCGGCAUGGAGCAGUAUUCUUGCACGCCUUCUGUGCUGUCUACAUGUUCUAUGCUUUGGCGAUUGUCUGUGAUGAUUUCUUUGUCCCUUCGUUGGAAAAGAUUUGUGAACGUUUGCACCUCAGCGAAGAUGUUGCAGGGGCGACGUUCAUGGCAGCCGGCAGCUCUGCUCCAGAACUGUUUACUUCUGUUAUAGGUGUGUUUAUCACAAAGGGAGAUGUUGGUGUCGGAACCAUAGUCGGCUCAGCUGUAUUCAACAUUCUCUGCAUAAUUGGGGUGUGCGGCCUCUUUGCGGGACAGGUGGUUGUGCUUUCAUCGUGGUGUCUCAUGAGGGAUUCCGUCUACUAUACCUUCUCUGUCAUUGCACUAAUUUUGUUUAUUUAUGACGAAAAGGUUUCUUGGUGGGAAUCCUUAGUUCUAGUGAUGAUGUACGCCAUCUACAUUAUCAUCAUGAAGUUUAAUGCCUGCCUACAGCACGUCUUCGAAAGAACGACAAAGAAUGCUACGAACAUGGUGAAUGGAUUAGCAAAUAAUACAGAGAUUGAUGACAACAGUAAUUGUGAUGCUACCGUGGUUUUACUAAAGAAAGGAAAUUUCCACCGUAAAGCCUCCGUAAUCAUGGUAGAUGAAUUGCUGUCUGCCUAUCCACACCAGCUUUCCUUUUCGGAGGCUGGUCUUCGGAUAAUGAUAACAAGUCACUUUCCUCCCAGGACCCGGCUCUCCAUGGCCAGCCGAAUGUUGAUCAAUGAGAGACAAAGAUUGAUAAACAGCCGAGUAUACACCAAUGGGGAGUCAGAGGUGGCCAUCAAAGUUCCCAUCAGCAUCAAGCAUACUGUGGAGAAUGGAUCCGGGCCCAGCAAUUCUGCCGAGAGAGGUGCGAGUGGAACCAGAAGAAAUGAGGAUGCUGCUGACGCUGGGAACGAAACAGAGAACGAGAAUGAAGACAAUGAAAACAAUGAGAACGAUGAAGAGGAGGAGGAAGAGGAGGAAGACAGUGGCCCUUACACACCCUUUGAUCCACCAGCAGGGAAGAUGGAAGCUGCCAAGUGGGUGUUCACCUGGCCCUUGUCUCUCCUUCUGUACUUCACGGUACCCAACUGUAAUAAGCCCAACUGGGAGAAAUGGUUCUUGGUCACCUUCGCUGCUUCGACACUUUGGAUUGCAGCCUUUUCCUAUGUGAUGGUGUGGAUGGUCACCAUCAUUGGUUACACUUUGGGUAUCCCAGAUGUGAUCAUGGGAAUCACCUUUCUGGCUGCUGGAACCAGCGUACCGGACUGUAUGGCAAGCCUUAUUGUAGCAAGACAAGGCAUGGGGGACAUGGCUGUGUCGAACUCCAUCGGAAGCAAUGUUUUUGACAUUCUGAUUGGCCUUGGCCUUCCCUGGUCUCUACAGACCCUAGCAGUAGACUGUGGCUCCUAUAUCCGAUUGAACAGUCGGGGACUUAUCUAUUCUGUGGGUUUGCUGCUGGCGUCUGUCUUUGUCACUGUAUUUGGUGUUCACUUGAACAAGUGGAAGCUGGAUAAGAAGCUGGGAGGGGUGUGCCUUUUCCUCUAUGGCAUCUUUUUGUGUAUCUCCAUCUUGACAGAAUUUAAUGUCUUCACUUUUGUGAACUUGCCUAUGUGCAGAGAUCACUGAUCGUGUGGACGGCAGGACUGCCGAGAGGUAUCUUCCUCCUUUUCCUGUGCAAUAUGAAACGUGGUUGGCAUCUCCAAGCUGUGUGUGGUGCCCCAGGAAGGCCGUGAAGGACACCCUCCUUGCUGUUCAUCAAGCCCUUUUCGUAUCUGGGUUUGGCCUAAAUCUAAACCAGCCCCUUCACACACACAAAAACUCCUGCAUUGAUGUGAAGAUUUACAAAUGCAGGCAUUGUGAACAGUGACUUGGAGUCUAAGGGAACUUGCUUCUAACUGGCACUCAGCCAGAGAAACAGAACUGCUACCAUUUCUUCUUCUUUUUAACUUAUUUGAUGGAAGAUUAAUCUAAUUUAUGAACUGAGACUAUUGCUAGGGUACAAAGAAGAGGCUACAUUGUGUUGGGUGCUUUUUUGAGGAAAAUGGAAGCAUCUGUUUUAAUCUCUUCCUCCCAGAGGUCAACAAACUCCUUUGCAGCUUCCUUUAUCCUUCUGAGAGCCCAAUUUCUGUGGACGAUUCAAAAGACAGAAAUGGUGAUGUAGGAGCUCAAUUCCAGGUUUAUUGAACAAAAACAUGGAAGAUAGGAGUACAAAAUAGCUUCCUUACAGGAAACAAGGUCUCACUGAGAGGGAUUCGGGAGAAACCCUAAGUGAAGGCAGUCUAUAGAUUGUGAACACUGCUGCUGUUUUAAUCCUAAAAUCAGAAUUUGAUUGCUAAGUUGUUUGUUGUAUUUCCAAGCAAUAGUUUUCUGCUUACCAGCCCUGGAAGUCUAAGGAGGUGGAGCCCUGGGCCGAUUCCAGACGGCCCUCCGCAUUGCGAAAUGUCGUGCGUCGUCGCGCAGAAAACACGAAAUAUUGCAUUUUCUCGUGCGAGUUUUGCGCGACGUCGCGUUUUCUGCGCGACGACGCGCAACGAUUCACGAUGCAGAGGGCCGUCUGGAAUCGACCCUCGUUUUUAACUUUCACUACUUUGAAAUGCAAGGUCAGAAGCAAAGCCUCUUGUGGUUUCUGUAGCACUUUUAGUUUGAAAAGUGCUUUACAGCCCUUACCUUCUUUGCCCUAAGAACAAUCUUGUGAGGUAAGUCACUAAUAUUCCCAUGUUUCCGAUGGGGGAACUGAGGCUGAGAGAAAAUGGUACGCACAAGAACAAUGAGAAAGCGAGUCUGCGACUGAGCUAGGCUUUGAAUCAAAGUGGUCUAGGUCCAAUUACUGAAACUCCAUCCACUGGACCACACCACCUCUCAUUGUACGAGGGAUUGAGGGUCAGGGGAAGGGCACAUAAAGUUACUUUAUUUGUAAAACAUUAGUUGUAGACACUGGUUUCUGAAAGGCAUAUUUUGCACAGAUGUUAUUGCUGAUGUUAUCAUUUGCCACUCUGCAAAAGAUACACUGGACUUGGGCAGGGAUUUUUCCCCCCCUCGUACAGCUGAGUGUGGGCAUAAUCCACUAAGAUGGUCUUCUUCACAUGCCUCAUUUCAGAAGAUCUUCCUGCUGGAUUUUGCUAUCUGUCUGUUACAAAAUUACUUAGCGUUUAUCCCAUGUUCUCCUGGAGAUUGGGGCAGUGGGGAGAAAUGGCACUUUGUGAAUACAGGCUAUUGAGUAGCUGAGGUGGUUGUGAAAGAUCAGCCGUUCAGUGUCCUGCGCCUCCACGGUUGUUAUAGUCUGACCCUGUUCAUAUUACAGACACAAGUCACCUCAGGAGAGUCACCUGUCGGUAUCCCAUUUCUACAGUUAUCACACCUGUUGCAUUCAUGACUGUCUCCAUUACAUUUAAGCACUGGGCAUUUCCACUUUACUUGUAUGCACAUUUUGUUUGGAAGUGUAAUAAGGAAUUUUCAACAAGGCAAAAGUCUGAGGUAUUUUUUUUUUAAAUCUAGGUUACCUUCAAAGGUCUUUACUAGUAAAGAGGUACAAGCCUGAAGUGCUGGGGAUAAAAGCAGAUUUCUGAGUGAAAAAUCUAUCUACCCACCAGUUUGCACUUUUAAAUCUGAUUGUUUUAAAAUUAAUUUCCUUUGGAUAAUUAGUGUGAAAUAAAAUUUUCCAAUCUGUGACCUCCCUCUGUCACAGCACCUUGAUUACAACGUCCACAGUGAUUACUUGAUAGUUUCUGAAGUUCUUGCAUCAUAGGUGAGACACACACAUGGGCUGGUCUGUGGCCAUCUUGCUAAAAUACAAGCAUUUAUAGUUGAAUCGACAAAGGAAGAGUUGGUUUAUUGCUCUGUAUGUGUCUCAUACACUCAGGUGUUUAUGUUACCAUUUCUGUGUCAAGCAAAUACAGUAAC